GGUGCCUCCUACAGACACGAACGGACAAAACGCAGUCAGACUCUGCAAAAUUGCGCAGUUGAUAAUUGAUAUUGCUAAAUAAAGGUGGCCACACUGGUUACUGGUUAGAUUAGUCGUCAGCUUCUGAACAGGAUUUCAAGCGCUAUCAUGGCGUCUAAUGAUUAUGCCCAGUCUUCAAGCCAUGGUGGUUAUGGAGGGCAGUCCAGCCAGAGUUACAGUCAACCCCCUGGUCAGAGCUACGGCCAACAGGGCUAUGGAGGUUAUAACCAAAACUCAGAGAGCAGCUCUUCUACUUAUAAUCAGGGUGGAUAUGGCUCCAACUAUGGACAGUCCCAGUCGGGAGGAUAUGGGUCUCAGCCCCCCUCUCAGAGCUACAAUCAGUCCAGUCAGUCCUUUAAUUCUGGAGGCUACAAUAGUGGCAGUCAGCCUCCACCGUCUCAAAGCGGAGGCUACAACCAGCAGUCUUCUUUCUCUGGCUAUAACCAGCAUCAGUCUGCCCCUUCUUCUGGCUCUGGUAACUAUAGCAGCAACUCCCAAUCAUCUGGCUAUGGGCAGCAGCAGGGUGGGGGUGGCUAUGGAAGUCAGAGUGGUGGUGGUUAUAGUAGCAGUGGUGGGCAAUCUGGAGGAUAUGGAGGCAGUGGAGGUCAGAGUGGUGGAUAUGGGGGUAGCGGAGGGCAACAACAGUCUCCUCCGCAUGGAGGAGGUCCUUACAACCAACCUCCCAACUACAGUUCCCCUCCACCUCAAAAUUAUGGACAACAAAGUCAAUAUGGAAAAGGAGGGUACAAUCAGGAUUCCCCUCCCAUGAGUGGUGGGGGUGGAGGAGGCGGUUACGGAGGCCAAGAUGGUGGAUAUAGCCAGGAUGCCAGAGGUGGACGUGGUCGUGGGGGAGGAGGUGGUGGCUUUGGAAGUCGAGGGGCGGGUGGGUUUGACAGAGGUGGUCGUGGAGGUCCUCGUGGCAGAGGAGGAAUGGGAAUGGGCGAUCGUGGAGGAUUCAAUAAGUUUGGUGGGCCCAGGGAUCAUGGAGCUGGUGGGCCAAACAUGCAGGAGCAGGAUAACUCUGACAACAACACAAUUUUUGUACAAGGUCUUGGAGACAACUACACUGUGGACUCGGUCGCAGAGUUUUUCAAACAGAUUGGCAUCAUCAAGCUCAAUAAGAAGACCGGAUUACCCAUGAUAAAUCUGUAUACAGACAGAGAGACAGGCAAACUCAAGGGUGAAGCUACAGUUUCCUUUGAUGACCCCCCAUCUGCCAAGGCUGCCAUUGAUUGGUUUGACGGUAAAGACUUCAAUGGAAACCCAAUCAAGGUGUCCUUCGCCACUCGUAGGGCUGACUUUGGACGAGGGGGUGGAGGCAUGAGAGGUGGUCGCGGUCGUGGAGGGCCAAUGGGUCGUGGGGGAUUUGGUGGAGGACGAGGUGGUGGUUUCCCAGGCAAUAAUGGAGGAGGAGGUGGUGGCGGCGGCGGCAAUGGUGGCCAGCAGAGAGCAGGGGACUGGAAAUGUUCAAACCCGACGUGCGGUAAUUUGAACUUCUCAUGGCGAAAUGAGUGCAAUCAGUGCAAAUCUCCCAAACCUGAAGGCAGUGAAGGUGGAAUGCCACCGAUGGGAGGUGGUUAUGAUGGGGACCGGGGCGGCAGAGGUGGUUUUGAUCGAGGUGGGUUCCGUGGUCGUGAUCGAGGGGGCUUUAGAGGAGGCAGAGGAGGAGACCGGGGAGGAUACGGACCUGGAAAAAUGGACUCAAGAGGUGACCAGAGACAUGACAGGAGAGAGAGGCCUUACUGAUAAGAAACUUUAAAACUUUUGUUGUUUAAAUCAGAAUUGAAAUCGAUGUGGGACCAGUAUGCACUCUUUCUUAACACUUAUAAACUUUGUUACGCAUUUUCUGUGUCAUAUGACAGGAGGGUUUUGUUUUAGUUUUGGUAUUAUUGUUUAAUUUGCACACUAUUUUUCCAUUCAUAUUUAAAAAAGGAAUUAGAAAUGUUCUCUCGCUAUGAAUUUUCUGGUGUUUUGGUCACAGUAUUAGUAGUGCCAGUGCUGUUUAUUAAAGUACUUUUUUGACAUUUUGAAAAUAUGUAAUGAUGGAUAAAAAUAAAGUAAAAAACAGCAA